AGACGACCGUGAGAUCCCGCUUCAACAAUCAAAUUUUAAACAACUUUACAGGUACUCAACGAUCAUCAUGAUAAUGAACAGUGAUCUGCACAAUGGUUCUCGGAACCCAUCGAGGUCGAAGAUCACUCAAAACAAUAUGGAAGCCUCGUACAAGGACGUCAUUCGAACACUUUGCAACGUACGUACGGCUGCAACGAAGAAGCAGACCAGCCUGCUGACAAGGAGACCGAUAUCAUAAUUGAUAUCCCAUGUACUUACUUACUUGCAAUUGCAGAACGAUUCGUGACGGUGCCCGAGUCAGCCUCGGAGUGUCAUAAGUAUAGACCGAGCGGCUGACUACAUAUCGAACAAACCUGCCGUGCUAACUUCCAGAUCACUGGUCUACCUUCACUAGUUGUUCACCAUGUCAUACCGUACCCUCCCGAAAUCUUUUGCCGCCGAACGCUCGGGUACCUCAACUUCAUCAGGUGGGAGAUCAUUGACAAGAAAACCUCGACCCAUCCUUCGAGACUUGCGGAAUACUCUGACCCUACAGGCAAUCGAGAGCGGUCGUUAUACUAUUGAACAAGGUGCUUCCUCUGGUGCUUCCCCUUUCCUUGUCAUAGAAAGCCCCUCCUCCCCCGAGCCUCGUAGGCACCACCACGGAGAUGGCACGUGUCUACUCAGCCCCAUUGCCCUCCCUAUUACCCCCUGUUCCAAGUUAGUUCCGCGUACUACACCCUCGUUCAACAUGCUAGGGUCCGCACCUGUCGAUAUCCUUACCUUUCGCGUUUCUAAACACGAUACGUCCCCUGAGGAAGAAAAUAUUUUCAAUAUCAAGCGUAGCUCAUCGAUGAUCAUCUCGUAUCCUGAUCAUGGAGAUUACGAUAUCGAUAACACAUCCUCUCCUCUUUCUCUUCGUCCAGGAUCCAAACAUGCUGCUAUCUAUCAGUACCCCCAAACGCUCAAACCGCAGAGUGUUCCGCUGAACCGCCGCAUCGUCGAUCGGAACGCCCUGGUCUUCACCGUCCCUCCGCGCUCCCCCACACCGUCGCUCAGCCCACCUACUGCGCCAAGCUCUCCGAUAUCUGACCUUGUUUCCAAGCGUUCUGCUAGGAUGUUCAGACUCGUCCCAGCCCAGAAUGACCGCUUCAUGCAUGCUGUCGCAACCGACCUGACUGGUUACCGCAUCGAAAGCCCGCUGGAUAGUCCUGGCUCGUCCUCCACAACACAAAUCGGCUUUCCUCCCGAUAUGCUCGCGCUCCUUCAGGAACUCGAUGAACUCGCCAGCUGGGUCCAGGGUUUUCCACACCCCGAAGAAGCUUCAGGGGCACUUGAUGUCCUCACCGUUGGCUCAACCGUGCCUGUAUCUUGUCCGCAUGCUCUCCAAAGGCUCGGAAAUGAACUAGGUGACCAUUUUCUUUCACAAUCCGUGUCGUCGGACAAAGGUAAACGGCGGAAGUUGACCGAAUCUACGGAUGAUAUGUCUGAGUGGAAGUGCCAAUUUCCAACCAGCCGUUCGGCUAUCCCACCAGCCAGCACACCCGUUGCGCGGCGGCGAUCAGCUCGUUAUAUAUACGAUCCUCGAGUACCUAUCUUCCUUUCAUUUCACAUUUUCCUGAUUGACAAAUGUAGGGCACUCCAUCAUUCCUCGUUGGCAGUUCCACCUCACCGGUGGCAUAUCCCGCAGAGGGGUACAGGAGCUCCCCUCGCCAGUUCAUCACACCUGGUCCGUCUCCUGUCACCAGUCUCACUGCAAGUACCCCUGUCAUCCGAGCAUUCGGCCGGCGUUCUGUUCCAAACGUGUCGCCGCCGCCCCUGGUCUCUCCGCCUACAGGCAUGACGUCGUUCAAAGCUUUCUUCAAGAGGUCGCGCUCCAAUACAGCACCCCGGUCAAACACGUUCGGGAGGGACAAGAAAUUUGGAUGGCUGAAGAUUUAGCGAGUUGUGGUAGCGCCAUUGCAUAGCAUUGAUUUUUCUUCGAUUUUUCAUUUCCCUUGUUCUGCGCGUUGGUUCCUGUUGAUUCUCGUGAAUCUCGUCACA